AUGCAUUUCUGGGUUUGCACCGAGUUGACUCUUAACGGAAAUCCCAAAACUUUAUCACUCAAGUGGUCUCUUUAUGAGAAUGAGGAGAAAGUUACUCCAUUGCAGGGAAAGGGUAGAGAAGUGGAGGGGAUGUCAAGCAGCAGAAAUACCCACUGGUGUUAUAGAUGCAGGCGGCCAGUUCGGCUGCGAGGGCGAGAUGCAGUUUGCCCCUACUGCAGUGGAGGAUUUGUCCAAGAACUUGAUGAUAUGAAUCGCAUCAGUCCAUUGGAUUUUUUUGGAAUGGACAGUGAUGAUGAUCGUGACCAGAGGUUUGGGCUCAUGGAAGCUUUCUCGGCCUUUAUGAGGCAGCGAAUGGCAGAUGGAAGCCAUAAUCAUGAUAUCAGAUCUAGAUCAGAUUCAAUUCCUGAACAUAAUCCAGGUCUUGGUCCUCUGUUGAUCUUCGGUGGCCAAAUUCCUUUUAGGUUGUCUAGAAAUGGUGGGUUUGAAGCUCUCUUUUCUGGGGCACCUGGUGUUGCCUUUUCAAGGGGUAAUGCCGGUGAUUAUUUUAUAGGCCCUGGACUUGAAGAAUUGUUUGAACAGCUUUCAGCUAAUGAUCGACGAGGCCCUCCCCCAGCAACUCGCUCAUCAAUUGAUGCGAUGCCAACUGUUAAGAUCACACAAAGGCAUCUUCGCACUGAUUCACAUUGUCCAGUCUGCAAAGAUAAAUUUGAGCUGGGUUCUGAAGCAAGGCAAAUGCCAUGUAAUCAUUUAUAUCACACAGAUUGCAUUGUACCAUGGCUAGUCCAGCACAACUCAUGCCCAGUUUGUCGCCAGGAGCUACCACCACAAGGAUCAAGUAGCGGACACAGUUAUCAAAGCUCAAGCUCUCGAAGCAGAAGCAGCAAUUAUAGUGGUAGGGAGAAUAGCAGGGAAGGAAGACGCAAUCCAUUUUCUUAUCUGUGGCCCUUCCGCUCAUCCAAUUCAAGCUCUAACCAUGAUGAGACUCCUGGAAGCAGCUCACCAACCAUGCAUGAAAACAACCACCAGAUGGGGUAUUCAGGAUGGCCUUUUAACUAG